UCGGAAACGGUGCUGCAGCCCACGGGCUCUACAGGCACAGAAGCUGGAUUUUGUAAAAUAAGCUGCGAAGCUCCUUUUUAUAACACAGCUAUAGCCCAGAUUGAUUUUGUCUUUAUUUUUGUGUUUGCAAUUUAUUUAAAUAACCAUGUGCACUGGAGAGUGUGCUAAGUGCUUAGGAAUCASUCUUAUCCCCCUAGCUGUGUUAUGUACCCUGGCUAACAUUUUGCUGUUUUUCCCUGGAGGAAAAGUGGUUGACAAUAAUGAACACAUCACAGACGAGGUCUGGUACUUCGGAGGAAUCGUGGGAUCUGGUGUAUUGAUGAUCUUUCCUGCCUUGGUAUUUUUGGGCCUUAAGAAUAACGAUUGCUGUGGCUGCUGUGGGAAUGAGAGCUGUGGAAAGAGGUUUGCGAUGUUUUCUUCCAUAAUAUUUGCUGCAAUUGGAGUUCUAGGAGCUGGAUACUGCUUUGCUUUGUCAGCAGUAGCCCUAAACAAAGGCCCUAAAUGUGAUGUUGGGCAACAGUGGGCCUAUCCUUUCCAGAACGGGGAUUAUCUAAGUAACCACACAAUGUGGGACAAGUGUAAAUCACCUGAAAAUAUAGUCCCUUGGAACUUGACCCUCUUUUCCUUGCUGCUAAUCAUGAGUGGGAUCCAAGUAAUACUCUGUGGCAUUCAGGUGGUGAAUGGGCUCUUCGGAACAAUCUGCGGGGACUGCAAAUGUUGUGGAUGCUGUGGGGGAGAUGGAGCUGUCUAAAAAUAUUGUAGAAAGCUCUUAUCUUGGGAGACUCCCUUUUUCAAACAGUGCUGUAAGGUACCUCUCUCACACUGUCUCUGGCUAAGAAGAUCAGGAUGAAGGGCACUUCCUCUGCUGAAGUUAUGAAGCUCUGACUUCCCUUCUGGCCUUCUUGCAACUCAUUAAGGAAUAAAAUAAGCACUAUUCAACUCUCACACUCAUAUUUAUUUUUGUAAAAAACCUUCCAUUUAGAAAAUACAGUAUUCUCAGGCAAAAUACUUGUUUUCUUUUCAAAUUAAUUUUGCCUUGUGAUCACUUAAAGUUGCUGAUAGAAGCUCAGCUGUAGUGCAGUGGUACCUGCA